AUGCGCCUUCGACUAACGGUGCAGCGCAAUAGCCUGCCCCCCGCGAACAUUCUUUGGAACGUACCAGACACCAACAGCACCCAAGCCUACACCAUCACACGCCUGCUCGAAGAUGUCAACCACGUGCUGCCGCUCGAAUCAGAACAUUGGGGUCUUGAGCACUAUGUCGUCGAAGUGGGAGGCUUCGAAUGUCUGCACUUCUCACCAGUCGCUCAGUCGCUCAAGGAUGAUGAUCAUGUCUCCAUUCGACCACUCAUGACCGCCGAGGAGCGUGCGCGCACCCUCACUGGCCGUCACCAGAUCUCCGACGAUGGACGGCGCCUUGUCGAUGGCAUCCCAUUUGGCCGCCCCUACCUGCGCAACCCGAGCCGACCCGCUGUACGGAUACCGCCUCGCAAGCGACGGCGCAUAGACAACGUGGACGAGGAAAACGAGGUGGCGGGACUUUUCCCUGAUGGUGGAGACAUAUCACUUCCAGGAGGAACCGCUCUGUUGACCAAUGGCGACACAGGUGCUGGGUUCGACAGGCCUGCGCAGCCGAGGAGAGCUUCGAAGAGGGUGCGCUUCAAGGGCCCACAGGUUGAGGAAGAUGGAGACGAGGAUGAGGAUAGCGAUGAAGACGACGACGACUUUGCGCCGGGAGGGGACGAAGGCGAUGACACUCUCAUGGACAAAGAUACUUCUGGCGACGAGGACGAUUCCGACUCGGGCUCAGAUUCUGAUUCUGAUUCGUCGGAUGCUUCAGCUAGCUCUUCUUCUGGAUCAGACUCGGACGAUAUAUCCAGCGACAGCGACAGCGACAGUGACGCCAGCUCACCACCAGAGGUCCGAUCUUCCAAGGGAGCGAUGAUAACGAGAAAGGGGCUACCCAGCUCGCCCAACCACGUUGUACCUGGAGAGGGCCGUGCAACAACGCGCUCGAGAAACGCAAGACGUACGAGAACCAACCGUCUUCGCUAUCUGAAAGAAGCUGGCAUUUUGCCUGCAGACGCUGAUCUGAAGGCUCUCGACGCAUACGAAACAGUCCGGCCAUCAGAGAUAGAAUCAAAGCCAGAAGCUUCAAAGCCGUUCAGUACAUAUUCAGGCAAAAGGAAGCGAGUGGAUCACGAGGAUGUUGUCGAGCAUGUCCCUGAAGACGUCACGGAGCUUGAACAACGUAAAAAGGAAUUGAUGGCAAAGUUUGGUGAAGAUGUGGACUCUAUCCAGGUCCAGCCGGACCCAACACCCGUAGAACCCACAAUCCCACAAGAGCCGGCGUCAUCCCCUAAAGCCCAAAAGGAACAGCCUGCUGUGGAAAAAGAGACACCGAAGAAGCGACUUCGACCCGACACAUCAGCCAUCAGCAGGAUUCUUGCUCGUCAAGCAAUGCCUGCCCGUAAGAAGCCCAGCAAGGCCAAGCCCGUACCCCAAGAGACUCCAGAGCCUGAGGGUGCUUCCGAUCCAGACUUUUGGAAAUCGAAAAUCAACGUGUCUGCGUUCGAGUGCUGGGAAGAAGACUAUGAGCUCAGCGCACCACCCUUCCCAUUCAAGCAGCAUUGGGAUCCAGCAAGCAAGGCCAUGCGUGAGAAGGUUGUUCAAAAGCAAAAGAAGCACGGAAAGAAGAAGCGUGUUUCAAUGCCCGUCGAAGAGCAAGAAGAAGAAGAGGAGGAGAAAAUUUUCUUGGACUAUGAUGAUACUGGCGCUACCGAGGAUCCAGAUACUAUAAUGAGCACUCAGGCAGCUAUCGAGGACCAACUUCGACAGGACGUUGCGACAGCCGCUCAAGCAGAUCUACCUCAACUGCCUGAGGACUUAACCACGCUCGCCAAUCUGAGCGCAGGCGACAUGAAGGAAGGCGCCAUCAUUGUGUGCAAGUUCUUUACGGUUAACCCUAUCACUAUCACCCCAGAGAUCAGCGGCUUCAAGACAGCCAUAGUUCAUCAAGAAGGUGACUCAGGGCCUGGUGCUGGCACGAUACGCCUCAAGAUUGCACAACGUGAUCUGCCCAAACGAGACAAGAAGUUUGAUAGCAGGGGCAACCGCAUAUACGAUGGUGCAGACCAGUUCUUCGUGGAAGACGAGGAGGAAGAGGACGAAGGUCUAUGGGAGGGCCAGUUCGGUGAGCUGCUGGAAGCAAAACUGCUGCAAGCUGCGUGA